AUGCAUUCGUUAGAAAAGAAUCGCAACGAGAAGACUUCUGUGGACCAGGUUGGCGAUCACACCAACUCUCCACACGAUAUCGCAGUGGCCGAACUCAUCAAUGCAUCUGGACACAUCCAGGAGGUUGAUCGCAAUUUUGGACUUGUCAGUCUGACAGGUUACGGCCUUGUGAGUGGCAACGUAUGGCCAGGGUUAGGCGGUACUAUUCUGGUAGCGAUAUUUAAUGGAGGUCCACCUGGCACCAUAUAUGAAUUCGUUGCCGCUUCCAUCUUCUAUUUUAUGAUUACUGCCUGCAUAGCUGAAUUCGCGUCUGCCAUCCCCUCUACCGCUGGAGUGUACCAUUGGGCUUCCGUGACGCCCGGGAAGAGAUACGGCCGCGUCAUAGGAUAUUAUGCCGGAUAUUGGAAUUAUCUUGGCUGGAUGUUAGCCAGUGCUUCCGUGUGUGCCGUUGUUGGCAAUGUCUGUGUCCAGAUGUAUGGAGUCACGCAUCCCGAAUAUACUUCAAAGCCAUGGCACGUCUUUCUAGGCUACAUCAUAAUGCUCUGGAGAUCGUGCUUGUUUGUUUGCUACGCCAAUAAGCUCAUCCCUCACUUGAGCACCAUCGGCAUUUUCUUCAUCAUUGCCGUCCAGGACACGGCCUCUGACGCCUUUGUCUGGAAGGAUUGGGUUGCCGAUUUGGGUUAUCCAGACGGGUUUGUCUUCCUGGCCGGCAUGCUCAAUGGAGCCUAUGCAAUCGGGACACCGGACCUUGUGUGCCAUCUUGCAGAGGAAAUCCCACGCCCUCAUGUUAAUGUUCCAAAAGCCAUGGGACUUCAAAUGGGCAUCGGAUUCCUCUCGGGAUUUGCUUACCUCAUCGCCAUCCUGUAUACCAUCAACGACUUUGACGCUCUGUCGUCCUCCACUUUCCCAGUCGCCGAAAUCUACGCCCAAGCUACUGGUUCCAGAGCAGGCACAAUAGGCCUUCUAUUCCUAAUCCUGGUGGUGUUCGUCCUCGGAUCGGUCGGUGGCAAUAUUACCGUCGGAAGAGGGCUCUGGACCUUGGCCCGAGACGGUGCAACUCCGUUCUCUGGCUUCUUAUCUAGAGUCUCGCCUGCGCGCGGGAUGCCGCUCAAUGCAACAGUAGCUUCCGCAGUCCUCAACACUUUGCUGGCUUGCGUCUACUUAGGUAGCACACCUGCGUUCAGUGCAUUAGCUAGUGCGUUCGUCCUUCUGACCACUGCUUCAUAUACAGCCGCAAUCCUGCCCAACCUUCUUACCGGCAGGAAGAAUAUCAGGUUCGGCCCCUUUCAUAUGAAGGGAUGGCUAGGCUUUGCCGUGAACGGCAUCGCUUGUACAUACAUGAUCGUCUUCUUUGUCAUCUUCUGUUUUCCCUACUAUCUGCCGACAAAUGCAAAGACGAUGAACUAUUCUUCUGUCAUCUUUGGUGGUUCAACAAUCAUUAUCACCGCGUGGUACUUUUUGGGAGGAAAGAAGGGUUAUACAGGGCCGCAGACCAUUGGGGGUAAGGUCUACGAAGCCGACCUGAUCAAGAAGGUAGCAAUGGUUGUUCCAAAAGUAUGA